CUGCAACCAUAUAAAGCGCCCUGAUUGAGAAUCUGUUCUUAGCAACUUUGAAUCUAUAUCCUUCCAGAAUCGUGAUGGGUGUGUUUGUUUAUCUUGUAUGCUUGAUCUUGGCUAUUCCUUUUCUUCGUUUUCUCCAUCGCUUCGUAGAUAGCAAUGGUCACCCCCGAAACUGGCCAUUUGUUGGGAUGACUCCAGCGUUACUUCUCAACUUCCACAGGAUUCUUGACAAAGUUUCUGAAAUCGUGGAUAAAAGCAAUGGCACCAUCCUAUAUAGAGGAAUCUGGUUCACUAACUCAAGUUUCCUGGCCACAGCCGAUCCUCAGAAUGUGCGGUAUCUAAUGAACACAAACUAUAGAGCAUAUGUAAAAGGAUCCGAAUGGAGGAAGCAAUUUGAUGUAUUCGGGGAAGCGCUUUUCAAUUCCGAUGGUGAGGAGUGGAAACGUCAAAGGAGAAUUUUUCAUGCUUUCUUGAAUCAUCCACAAUUUCUGCAAUCCCUUGAAAGGGUCCUCCGGGAGCGUCUAGAGCAAGGGCUUAUUAAAGUACUAGAGCAUGUUUCUAAACAAGAGCUAGUAGUCGACUUGCAAGAUUUGCUUGUAAGGUAUGCAUCUGAUAUUGGUUGGAUACUGGCAACUGGUUCUGACCCUCAAUUUCUCUCCAUUGAAUUUCCAGAAAAUCGAUUCCACAAAGCCAUGAGUGAUGUUUUGGAGGCAGCGUUUUACAGAUGUAUCAUGCCUGACAGCUUGUGGAAGCUGCAGAGUUGGCUUCAGGUUGGAUUAGAGAAGAAACGAAGCGAUGCUUGGAAAUAUUUUGACGAUGUUUUAGCAGAACAUAUAUCGAUUCAACGUGAGAAAUCCAACAAAGCAAUCACAUGGAGCGGAAAUGAAGAGAAUUUCAAUUUUUUAAACUGUUACUUAACAGGACAUAAGGUGACUGGACCAACACCUAGUGAUAGUCUUAUCAGGGACAAUGUUAUACAUUUUUUGUUUGCCGCUAACGACACUUACACUACAGCUCUCACAUGGUUCUUCUAUCUCCUCUCCAAGAAUCCUACGGUUGUAGCUAAAAUAAGAGAGGAACUGAAAAGAAACUUGUCAUGGAAAAAAGUAGGGGAAUUGCAGCUACCGACGUCCUUCGAUGAGUUGAAUAAGCUACCGUAUCUCCAAGCUGCUUUAUGUGAAACACUGAGGCUAUACCCACCUAAUCCUUUUGAAUUUAGAACAUCUACUCGGCGAGACAUUCUUCCAAGCGGACAUCGGGUCAAUCCACAAAUGGUAAUUAUAUUAGCCAUACAUGCGAUGGGAAGGAUGGCAUGGUUGUGGGGAGAAGACUGCCAUGAAUUCAAGCCCGAGAGGUGGAUCACUGUGGAAGGAAAGCUCAAACGUGAGCCGCCAAGUAAAUUCUCUGCUUUCCUUUCAGGACCGAGAAUUUGUCCAGGAAAAGAGUUGUCCUUUUUUCUAAUGAAGGCUACAGCAUCACCUAUAAUCCACAACUAUGAUGUUCAUGUCAUUGAAGGCCAGAACGUGACGCCAAAAAAUAGUGCUUUCCUUCACAUGAAGCAUGGCUUAAUGGUUAGGGUUACGAAUAGAUGGAAAUGAUGAACUGUGGUAAGCCUUCAGAACAUAGUGCAAACUAUAGCUCGUGUUUUGCUUAGCUUUUAUGUUUUAAGGACUAAUAAGUUACCCCAACUAUAUAUGCAUAUGUAAAAUAAGAUUAAAGCUUCAAUAUUUGCUUUUAUUGAAAUAAUAUGACUUUCUUAAGGAAAAUAUUUUUUAUAGAAAGUAAU